AGGCACAGUGCAUUGUUGAAGUUUGGUGGCACAAAAGCUGCAGGGCUUUCUUCGAAUUUUAGUAAGUACAAGUAGUCCUAGUCCUGUCGCAGACGAUGAAGUGCUUAGAAAUCAAGAUAAACCCGACCGCGACCGGGGGCAGGAUAAACUACAAAACCCGUGACAGAAAAUGCAGCUGAUCAAGUACAAGUGCUUGCUUCUUCUAGUUUGACCAGCAGCAGGAGCACACCAGGCCACAGUACCGAUUCGUGCUGGGCGAUAUUCACUUCGAGGGUUUUUGUGCCCUCCUUUGGAGCUUACUGUGAGUCGCAUUAUGCGAAAGCCCGUACCGAUCUUUUUCCCUUGGAGUUUGAAAAAGCAGUCGGCUGACAACUACCCUGCUCUCCUCAUCGACAAACUUAAUUUGUGGGCUUCGGUCGGGGCUGAAACAAUAUCGCAGUAUGGACGGUCCAUCGUGCAGCAGCGGCAGCAUUGUUUUCCCCACGCCAAGGAGCAACCCUGUCAGAGGCCGCCGGCGUCGAGAAUCUUCGCGACCCGCGGCCAGCAAAUCAAGCCAAUUUAUUGCCUCCGCGGUUUCACAUCAGGCCGCUACAACAGGAAGAACAAGACCACGACGAAAAACGCGGGCUACAAUUCGAUUUCCAAUUGGCGAAGCAGACAGAAUUGGUCUGGUAGGGGUGGGGGAGGCUGGGCCUCUUGGAAAAAGACACCCACAGGAACGACACGUACCCAUGAAACCAAGGAAAACGAGGACACGAAAAGUAGUUUUGGAUCUACUUCACAAGACGGGCCGCGUCAACAACAAAAUGGUGUUGAUUUCCACGACGAGCAGCUGCAAGACGCCGAGGAUCCUGCCCUGCCGAUCAGCCCGGAGCUCCAGUCCCACAUUGACGACUACCAUUUUCUGUCCACCUAUCGCAACAUGGAGGCCAGCGACUCCCGGGGCGCGAAACUACGAGAAGAGAAGAAAGAAGUGUUCCGGCUGCGGUUCAGGAAACGGAACGAAAACUACCUGUUCGCGUCCCGUCUGUCGGACGACGAGGUACUGAGCCGGUUGCGGUUCACCAAAAAAGUGUUGGACUACUUGGAAAAACCCGGGGGGAACGACAGCUUCCGGGCUUGGGGCCACUACACCGCGCGGGACCACAACAGCGUCGUUCAGAAGUACCGAGAUGAAGAAGUUUUGGCGUCGGAUGAUCUUGUGGAAAUUAGUACGGGUCGUCGUUCUUCAUCAUCGAGUACUGAUGCUGAUUUUCUGCCGAGCGAUAGGAACACUUCGAGGACUAGUACACGUACAGGGAAAACAAGCACAGCAAAAGGCACGUCGGGGCCAACACUUCUUGUCCGUUCCAAAGCCAGCACGACGUCCUCGUCCACACAGACGAAAAUUCCGCCAAUUGUGAUCGACGACCGAUAUCCACAGUAAAGUUUCCCGUACACGUACGAAUGCAGGCUCAUCUGCAUGAGAAAAGAUUCUUUCUCAAUCCUACACCUAUAUACCAUGAGGCGAAAUUUAUUGUGAUGCAUUUGAUUUUCUACGCGUGCAGGAAAUUUUUAUUGCACAACCGAGAGCACAAGCUGAUCGCGCUCGCGAACCAGCAGAACUUGUUCGAGCAGACGAAGGAGAAACCAAAUUUGAUCCCGUUUGAGAAGAAACGGAUCCUGACCGCCGACAUCGUUAUCGGCGAUCCGGGACGGGAGGUUUACCUGGAGAGAAAAACAGCCGCGGACUUCUGGAGCUCGAUCACCGAUGCGCGGUUGCACAACCAGCUUGGGAAUAAAAUGGAUUUGCUGGAGAGGAGUCCAGACGCCAGGGCCGCGGUGAUUUUGGAGGGGUUUUCGACCGCGGAAAGGGACCCGCGGUUGCGCCCGCGGAUGAGACUGCUGUAAGUUGUACUGGCGACGUACUUGUUUCUCACUUUGUCUGUCAAGAAAAGCCGGUCAACAUACUCAGUAUAGCGAUAAACCCCAAGAAUUUUAGCACCGCUAGUAUUAAGAUGAAGGAUUCAUUAUCAUUGCUACUUGUGGAUUUCUGAAUAAAAAAAUUUUCUUCCCCCCGUACCAGCAGUACCCAGACCACCCCUGCCAAGUCGCUUCUUACUUUUCCCAUAUAUGACACCACUCAGGUACGGGAAAAUCGUGAAUCUGGUGCUCCGUGACCGCGUUCCGAUUUUCAUGACCCGGGACCUGGCGGAAACCUACCAAAUUCUCGUCGUUAUCGCCGAGAACUACUACGAAUCUCUAGCCGGACAGCAACCACGAGACUACGUCCACGAAAGGCUGCACGGGAAAAAGAAGGAGCGCAACCCGGUUUCCGCACUGGAAUCGAUGGUCAGCAUGGUUCCGGGCGUAACGGAACGGAUGGCGCCCAAAAUUUUGGCGACGUUUUUGAAAAACGUCGAUCCGAAUACCGGGACAACUGUGGUGGGGGAAAGAACUACGGACGCUGCAGCAUCUUGUGUCCUUGCGGGCCAAGAAGAUGAAGACCACCCUCUUCAAAGUCAAGAAGUAGAGGUGGCAACGGACGACGUACAACGUAAUGAAAGUUGUAGCUCGGUUCCUCCAGCAGAGCAGCAGCGACCGACGGAUAUUGAGUCUGAAUCUCCUCCACCCGGCGACGAGGUCGACACAGCAACUCCACAUCUUCCCAUGGCCCAAUCUACUUCCACCUCCACUGGUGCUUCCAUGCUGAUUUUUUGCAACAUUCUGCGGAAGGACGUACUUGCGGUGGACAAGCUCCAAAACCUCGGGCUGAAGCAGAUGACGGCGAGGCUACUGGUGCAACAGCUGGUGGGGGACAACGCACGGAGUUUGAAGCGCGCGAGACUGGUCGAGAAACUCUCCGCGGUCCCCGGCGCUUCAGAGUCGAAAAUCAAGCAGAUUGUCGGGACGGACUAUUCCGCGGGAAUGCUACGGAAGAGGCUGGAUGAGGUGAAGGCGGUUGCUGGAGGGAGGAUACCGUCAGCAACCGGGGACGCGGGUGGCACUGGGUCGGCUGCAGGAGGUGCGUCACUGGCAGCAGCAUCAGCUGAUUUUGACCUCAUCCGCAUUACCGCCGCUCGGGAGAAGCUGGAAGAAGUUUUGGCCGAAGAGGUAGCGAAGGAGCAGUCACUGCAAGGACGUGGGUCCUGGUGUACGAAGGAGGUGUGAGCUGCAAGAGCAAUGUUCUGUUCUUUACUAGCAGCUCCUGCACCGAGGCGGGUUGUGGCGGCUCAGCGGAUGGAUGUGGGCGUACUCGUCGUGUCUGCAGGACGGACAAAUCUUUCUACAUCAACCACAAUUUUUUAUCGUAGCAGAUCGCUCCUGCACGACGCGGGCCGCCAGAUCCGCCGAAAUGGGACGUAGCCGAAGGUAGACUUCGAAAAAAUACCGCGUGUAGCUAUUGGACGACAACGUGGCGAGGAAAUUUUGUCUUGUACUGCUACUUGCCGGUACAAGUAGCACACGAUCGCAUCAGUGCUAUACAACAUAAUUCAGCACUUUCAUUUUGAUUUUCUACGUUUUCACUACUUCACGACCUGCGCAAUUUUUUUAGCAUUACUUGCUAAAUUAUAUGAUGCCCGCGCAAUAUUUUUAUCCUCCGGUCCGUCAGCCCACGUUUCCCUACCUAGCAAAUAUGGCGAGUUUCGGUUUCAACUGCAACAACCAUGGAUUUCAGCAGCACGUACGCAUUUUUUCAAGGAUGCGCUUUUGCACAGAAGAAGG